AUGUUCUGGCGUUUUGGGGGAUAUGCAAGUAUCUCCACUGUCGAUACCCUGCUCGAGAAACCAGAGGUCACUCUCGAAGAAUUACUGGAUGAGCCGGAGAUCAUCCAGGAACUGAAGCAGCAUAAUUCGAAACUCAUAGAAUAUCUACGCGAGGACCAUGUCUUGAAACGGCUUAUGGACUAUGUUACGGCACCGAGCCUAGUGAAUGAUGGUGACGACGAAAAAAAUGACAUCGACGACGAUACGCACGAAAAGGCUGGGUCCGAGAAGGAACAACCCGAUGUCGCCUCCCAGCCAGCUGAGCAGGAAACCAAAGAGGCCGAUCCGUUGAAGGAUGUCCUAGAUUCGGAUGAUUUGGACAAGGUCGAGAAGACCCGUCUGAAGCAUGCGUAUAUUGCGUGCGAGAUUCUCUCCUCCGAAGCAUGGACCAUCCUGGAAUCCAUAAUGGAAAACCAAUCGUACUUGCGCGACUUCUGGGGGUUCCUCCGACGACCCCCACCCCUGGACUCGCUGCAGGCGAGCUACUUCACGAAAGUCAACGAAACCCUGUUCGAUAAGAAGACGGAGGAGAUGUUGGACUUCCUGAAAUCCUUGGAUGGAAUUGUCCCCGCACUGUUGCAGCAUAUCGACAAUCCCAUGGUCAUGGAUCUACUGCUGAAGAUUAUCAGCUUGGAGAAGGCUGAGGGUGGCCAGGGCACCGUGGACUGGCUGAAAACUCAAGAACUCGUGCCUACGUUGCUUUCCUUCCUCUCGCCCGAAUACCCUGGUUCGGUUCAAACAUCCGCAGGCGACUUUCUCAAAGCCAUAAUCACCAUCUCCGCAAACGCCAACCCGAACGACCAGUCGUGUAUUGGCCCAAACAGCCUGACCCGCGAGCUGGUUUCCGAAAAGUGUAUCCAGCAGUUGAUCAACUCAAUGCUCGGUGGGGGCAACCCGCUCACAGUAGGCGUGGGUAUUGUCAUCGAAGUGAUUCGCAAGAACAACUCUGACUACGACCCUGAUAAUAUCGGCGGACCUGAAUCGAUGCCUACCCCAUACGAUCCGAUCUAUCUCGGCGACUUGCUCCGCCUAUUCGCGCAGCAUAUCCCCAAUUUCAUGUCCUUGAUCCGAAGCAGCAAGCACACGGUGUCCGACGGCUUCAAUGUGAAGACCGUCGACCGGGAACGAUUGAACUCCGCGUGGGGUGCGAAAAUCGAACCGCUUGGAUUUGACCGCUUCAAGACCUGCGAGCUGAUGGCGGAAUUACUCCACUGCAGUAACAUGGGUCUUUUGAACGAACCUGGAAGUGAUGCGUAUGUUCUCCAACGGGACACCGAACGCGAGAAGUUGAUUCGUGAGGGUGCUUUUGAUCCCCACCGCGACGAUGUUUCGGGUAUUGAUUACAACGACACCACGGCCGAUUUCACCAAUGGAUCGGCACCGGAUUCGGGCUCGCCAGAAGAUUUGAGAAGCUACGAAGUCCAUCACGCGGGUGAAGAGGACGGUUUUGAGGAUGUUGGUUCAUCAGGCAUUCUGGUCGAUCACGAUAAAUCCGAGCCAGAGAAGAGUGCCGAUGUACCGACAGAGCCACAGCAAACCUCUCAGCCGGAGACUGAGUCUUUUUCCAAGUCUGAGACUGAGCAGACUGCGGAAAGCGCUGCCAAUCCCGAAUCAUCUGACCGCGCUUCCCCCACGGCUGAUCUCGCUGAUCAGAUCGGUGGCAUCAAGCUUGAAAAUAAACCGUCAAACGAGAUCCAGGUCUCUACGCAAACUGUACAGGAGACGUCCGCUGCGCCUGCCCUCCCUGAAGACGUACCGCCCCCUCUCUUUGCAGCGAAGGAGGAAGCAGCCAAGUCAACUUCGGCUCCUACCAAUCAGGCCCAGGAGGGUGAACCUGUCCAAGAAACUGAAUUCGCAGAUCAUGUCCACGAAGAUUCCGCCGAUGAAUAUAUACAAUUGGACACCGAUGGUCGCCCUGUCGUGGGUGAUUAUUUGAAGAUCAUGUUUGUGGAGAACAAAGUGGUGCCCACGAUACUGGGCUUCUUUUACCGCUUCCCUUGGAACAAUUUUCUCCACAAUGUUGUCUACGAUGUCGUGCAACAAGUCUUCAAUGGCCCCAUGGAGCGUGGCUACAACAGGGCCCUGGCCAUCGAUGUUUUUGACACGGGUCGGAUCACGACCGAAAUUGUUGACGGCCAAAAACGUAGCGAUGAGGCCCAGCGCACCAAGCAGAUCCGACUCGGCUACAUGGGUCAUCUCACCCUGAUCGCAGAGGAAGUGGUCAAGUUCAGCGAGCGCCACCCGCCAGAAUUACUCUCACGAUCUGUUAUGGACAGUGUUUUGAACCCGGAGUGGAUCGACUAUGUCGAGCAAACCCUCUCCGAAACCCGGGAACGAGACAAUGCCAUCUUGGGCGGUGUUCGCCCGGACAUGUCGGUUGGACCUCGCCAGACAGCCGCGAACAAUGCCGGUUCCAGCCAGAGCUUUGGAACCUCUUCAGCCCUGGCGGAAGCGGGUCUGAAUGGCGGGAUUGGCGGUUCGGGGUUCCAAGGAUUUGACAUCAACCAAGGAGGGGUAUCUGGUGGGGCAUUCGGUGCAGGUGGUGGUACCUCGCUGCUCAGUGGCUUUGCGAGCUCCAGCGACGAUGAGGAUGAAGAUAUGGAGGACCAGGACGACAGAGACUCUGGCAAUGCCGAACUAGGCGAUUCCGAGAAUGUAUCCACGAAUUCCACCAGUCAGCCUAUCCCGAUCCUGCCUCCACCUCCUGCUCCAUUAAGCCUUGGUCCCUCACGCGCACGUCGCCAGCUCGCCGCGCGCCUCGCAGCGCAGAAGCAGCAAGUAGCAGAAAAUGCCGAUGCUGAAGGCGAGGAUAGAAAGGCAGAAGGCGAAGAGAACCGAGACUCAUCCUGGCCCACCAGGAACCCAUUUGUGAUAGCCGGUGUCGAUGACGACGCCGAGGGCAGCAUAACCGGGCUUCAGCCCCCCGACUCCCUAUCAACGGGCUCAUCAGAAGACGACGCCGACGGCCACGCCGAAGCCGUGCGCCGUCGCGUCCGCGUGCCCUUGGAAGUUGAGGAUGACGACGACGAAAUGGGUGAGAUGGUCGGACCCAGCGGGACAGGGUUAGUGGACUCUGACGAUGAAGAUGAGGCCAUCAUCAAUGAAUCUCUUGGGUACUCGAACUUGACUGGCCCAGCGCGGUACAGUAAUUUCCGCCGCUCGCGCGCCGUGGGAUCGCAUUUUGAAGAUGAUGACGAUGCCCAGAACGAUUCCAGCGACGGAGAGGAUGAUGGGCUGGUAGAAAUCAUGGUUCCUGGCCGGAAAUCCUCCACGUCGAAUUAG